GUAAAUGAUUUGUACGAGUGGCACAUCCGAAUAAUGAAAUAAUGUAACAAGGAAUAUUCUUUGCAUACUCACGCCACCCCCUCCUUUUUCUCCCGUCUUAAUCUUGGAGGUUUCUUGCCGUUCCAGCUCUUAAAUGAGACUUGGUGGUUUAAUAAUUAUUUGAUCCAUGGAUUUUAUUUCAAAAUCAAAAAGAUCUUAUCUUGUCGGGUUGAGAAAUUUGGAUUUCGAUUUGUGAUGGAUUGUUAAGUUGGAAAUUCAAUUUCUGGAAAAGAUGAAAGCUGUAGGAAAAGUAGGCAGCUUUUUAAGUAGAAGUGUGUAUACUGUGUCUGGACCAUUUCAUCCAUUUGGUGGUGCGGUAGAUAUAAUCGUGGUGGAACAGCAAGAUGGGAGCUUUAAAUCAUCACCUUGGUAUGUUCGUUUUGGCAAAUUUCAAGGGGUCCUAAAGGCAAAAGAGAAGGUGGUAGGCAUUAACGUUAAUGGGGUUGAAGCAGAUUUUCACAUGUAUUUGGAUCAUAAAGGGGAAGCAUACUUUCUCAAAGAGGUUGAUGUUGGAGAAGAAGAUACUUUGCCUUCCCCUUCAUCUUCGGGUGAGGAUACUGAUGGACAAUCUAAUGAUAGAAGGGCUCUAGAAGCAAAAAGUUGUAAUUUUGAUGCUUAUCAGUCAGAGUCAGUUACUGAGAUUGAUUUAGGUAAUCGGAAUGUCAUAUCAAGGACCAAUUCUCGACGAUCUCGUAUUUUGGGAUUUGUUUUUGGGAGGAAGUCGAUUAAAAAGGGCAAUUUGCCAAAGGAUGAAGAUGUUGCUGGUGUUGUUAGGUCGGAGUCAUUGGAACGAGCUGAGAUUGCAGCAGAUCUCUUGGAGGUUAAGUGGUCUACCAAUCUUGCCUCCCCUAGGCGGAGGAAAGAUAGUGCUUCACGGCCAUCUUCUCAAGUUAAAUCAGAGGCUAGUGAUUGUAAGCUAUUGAUGACUCAGGAUAGAGAUAACAAUGUGGAAUCUCUUGCCAAUGGCAAUAAUCUGACUGAUAGCAUCUUGCUGAAUGAAUUUAGUUCUGCCAAUGGUGAAGAAGGCUGUAGACUUAAACGUAUGCCCACAAAAUCAGAGAGGCCAGUUGUGGAAACUGGUUUAGAGAUGUCAUGUAUAACAGCAGAAGAUGUGAUUGGAACAUCUUCUGUUGAAGUUGAUGAGCCCAAUUUGAGAUUGGCAACCAAGACUGAUAACAUAUUGGCAAAUGAUACAGGUGCAAGUGCAAGCUUGAUUGAUGUCAUCUCUGACAUUGCUAGUAAUGAAUCCAAAAUUCAAGACUCAGUUAACCUUGAAGACUGUCCCGGCAAUAACGAGACGCAGGGUAGUUUCAGUAACGCAGGUUUUGCAACAGAUGGGAAUAGAGAUGACCCAUCUUUUCUUUACUGUGAAACUUCAGUGAGCUCAACUUUGGAGUUGGAUGAUUCAAACAAACAGGGUCAUGGUGCUCUGCAUCUUUCCAGCGGAGGAUCUGAACAUGUCUUUGCUGAAACAGUGCAGACAACUGGUUUGGUCUGUGAGGGGAACUCUAAACCUUCAAGUGAUGCAAAUGCAAAUGAAACUUCAAGUUCUCAAGAGCUUUUGGAAAACCAAAGUGAUUGUUUUUUCUCCAUUGAUGAGAAGACAACUUCAUCACGCUCCAUGGAGAAUGGUGUACUCACUGGAACCUACUCACAAAUGAUCACUCUCCAACCUGUAUAUGCUUCUGCUGAGGACAUUGAGUCACCACGCAUUUUUACCAUCUCUACUUCUCAAGCUGUUGUUGAAAAAACUCUUUGUGGAGAAGAUCAAAUCAGCAAGUGUGAGCCCCCUGUCAAGCGUGUAGUUGAUCCUAUCCAACUAAACAUUUUAACAUCAGAAAUUUCAGAAGAAGAGCAAUUGCUUUUUGGUGACUUUGAUGAUUUCACCCCUAGUUCAGUCAGACAUCUAGAGGAGCCUAUUUCUCCAGAUUAUAAUGAGAAAGAAGGUGAUCCACCAUGUUUGCAGGUACAAACUGAAGAAGUAAAUGACUCUUUCAUUCCUGGUACCAUGCUCGGCUCAUCAGAAAACAAGUCUUUUCAGGUGAAACUGUCAGAUGAUAACUUAAGUAGGAAGUUGAGAACUGUAUCCAGCCAUAUUGAUAUUCCUGCAACUAGUAUCCAGUCUAAAGAAGUUUCCAGGAUUGCAAGAUCUUUACCCAACAUGCUGGCACAUAACAAUAAUAUUCUGAGUAAUGCAAACAAAGACGAAGUGAAUGAUAUCCAAUCAUCUAAAAGUGAGCAGGUGGCCAAAGAUACUAAGAGCAUAGAGGAGCUGAAAAAUGAAAUGACCAAUCCAGCUAUUGAUAUUACAAAGAGAAAGAUUGGCAUUGAAGAUGGAGAGGAUUUGCCUAAAAGGAAGGUAACCAAGAAGAAGACCAGGUUAAUCACUCCAACAUCUGAACAAUUAGCAUCUUUGAAUUUGAAGGGAGGGAGGAACUCAAUAGUGUUCACAUUCUCAACUCCAAUGCUUGGGAAACAACAGGUUGAUGCCCGGAUUUAUUUGUGGAAAUGGGACACUCGUGUUGUGAUAUCUGAUGUCGAUGGGACAAUCACCAGAUCUGAUCUUCUGGGACAGUUUAUGCCCUUGGUUGGAGUAGAUUGGUCACAAACUGGUGUUGCACAUCUCUUUUCAGCAAUCAAGGAGAAUGGAUAUCAAUUACUUUUUCUUAGUGCACGUGCAAUAUCUCAGGCUUACAAUACCAGGCAGUUUUUAUUGAAUCUCAAGCAGGAUGGAAAAGUCUUGCCUGAGGGACCUGUUGUUAUUUCCCCAGAUGGUCUUUUUCCUUCUCUCUACCGAGAAGUUGUAAGAAGAGCACCGCAUGAAUUUAAAAUUGCUUGCUUGGAGGAAAUCAAAGCAUUGUUUCCUCCCGAUAGAAUCCCUUUCUAUGCUGGUUUUGGAAACAGAGAUACAGAUGAGAUUAGCUACCUUAAAGUUGGUAUCCCCAAAGGAAAAAUCUUCAUAAUUAAUCCUAAGGGUGAGAUUGUCGUAAAUCGGCGUGUCGACACAAAGUCAUAUACUUCUCUACAUGCUCUUGUGCAUGACAUGUUUCCACCCAUGUCUUCAUCUGAACAGGAGGACUAUAACUCAUGGAACUAUUGGAAACUUCCACCUCCAGCUUUUGAUAUUUGAAGGUUAAAGGGAGUAAACCACGAAUUGUCUUUUGAACCAUGAAAAGGAGCAGUUUUUUGGGGUUUUCAGUAAUCUGUUACCAGGUUAGCUUUGGUUCAAGCUUUAUUUCAGUUGUUAAGCUAUUUCUAUUGCUUUCUGGCUGCAUAUAGAUUUCUUAGUUUCGAGGUCUGAUAGAAGAUGAAUUUCAACCUGUUGCUAAGAAGUACUUUUUCUGUGUUGUAGUGUAUAUAGAUAAAGGAGUGUUUAAGAACCUUAAAGUGCAGCGUAAUGGGUUGCAGUCUUCUCUGAUAAUUUGCUGCUUAAUUUGAAUGGCCUCUUAGCCAAGAAAACUGGUUUACUGGAUGAUUUUGCUCUCCACUCUAUUUUUUCUGUGAUGGAGGGUAACAUGCAUGAUUCCUCAUGAGAAUAGACAUGGAGACAAUUUCCUCCCUGUUUGUAUUUACUUGUCCAUGAUGGGCUGAUAUCUUGCGAAGCUGUAUGGAGCUCACGAAUUCUUCCCAGAGAACCAGAUAAGAUAAAUCAGUUUCUGCUGAUAUUCCACUUACCUCUGUACGACUGCCAAUUUGUUGUCAACAAAUAGAGUAUAUGCACAGUUUUGAGAAGAUAAAGAGUACAUAUACGUAAUCCUGCUUCAGAACAUGUCAAAAAAUUUUUGUUGUUAUAUAGUUCGUUCAUGUAAUAACUUCAAAACUACGACAUUUUUUUUUUCUGAAGUAUUUGCUGUUUAUACGAGGUAGCUUGUAAAUUUUCUGGGCCUGCGUCCCCUGAUAAACAUCCUCCUAGCCAUUUGUGUCUUCCUUUUAUCAAAUUUUUGCAUUUCCUGUCCAAGCUUAUCGGUAAUCUCCCGGACAUGACUGAUCUUUCUAAGGAAAAACUUGGUAUAAAGCAUGAUUUGGGAAUAAAAGUGUUGGUGAUGUUGCCUGGUAUGUGGUAACCAUGGAAGAGCAUCUGAUGCUGAUGGAUUAAAUUAUGUCUUGCAUGUUGUGCUAUAUUUAACGUGGGAAUCUUGUUCCAAGUGGUUGUCUAUUGAUUUUAUGUUUGCUAGUCAAUUGAAUUUCAUGCUUUUUGGCAUCCCCACCUGAUUAUUUUGUGCGUAUCCUUGCAAGUUCUUUUGAACGGGAAGACUAAUACCCUACCCCCAUGCCCAUCCCUGGGGACAUGGCGAUAUGCUACUACCAUUUGGCAUUGUAUGCCUUCAACUGCAGCAAUGGGGGAUCCCCACCUCAAAUUCGGGAAGUCACAUCGGCAAGUGGCUAGGAUGGGAGGUUCUCAUUCAGAAUCCCCCACGUUAGCAACCAUACGUGGUGGAUAACAUGGAACAGAUCCUUUCUUCCUUUAUUCCUGUGUAGAAAGAUAUGCACGUUAAGAGGUUCAUGAUAUCAAGAAUCCCAGAAUAAAUCAGUUUCUGUGUUCCAAUGCCAUGCUUGAUUAAAGCUGGUGCUUGCAGCCUUGCGGAAACAACAAUUGCAGCAUAAAGCUCUAGAAAAUCUAGCAAGGAAUGUAGUUUUACUAGCUAAAAUAUGACCUUCUUGUCAUGGAACAAAGAAUAAUGAAAAAAAAAAUUAGUUACACAAGGGCAAGGCAUUAACAUUGAAAAACCCAUCAUUUUCUAUUUUCGUUAUGUCCAAGAGGCAACUAAUUUUAUAGCUAUAAUGUGGUUAUGGAA